GUGUGUGGCGGUGGAGUGUGUAUGCCAUGGCGGAACCGGCGAGGAGACGGGGUCGGAGGCCCCGAGGCGGAGGUGUCGGCCGGGGGGCCCGGGGGACCCAGGGCGGCCGGGGACGGCGUCCUCGAGUCCCGCAGUCCCCAGCCCAGCGCAGUGUGGACCCGGUGCUCGUGGACUUGGUCAGCGAUAGCGACGAGGAUGUCCUGGAGGUCGCAACGGCGCGCGGUGUCGCCGACCCGGCCGAGGUCCCGCCCGCGGAGCCCCCGGUGGCGGCCGCGCCCCGGGACGACAGCGACAGUGAGGGGUCGGACGCGAGGGCUGCGGGGCCCCCGCGGGCCGUGGUCAGGCGGCGGCGGCGGCUGCUGCUGGAUCCAGCGGACGCGCCGGUGGUCCCCGUGUACUCCGGCAAGGUGCAGAGCAGCCUCCAGCUGAUCCCAGAUCACCUGUCCCUUCUGAAACUCUACCCUGAGGGAGAUGAGGACGAGGCGGACGUGGCCGACCCUGGCAGUUCCCAGCUUGAGGAUUCCCCGGCGACCAGCUCUCCGUGGAAGAAGCUGAGGAGUCAGGAUAAGGAGGAAGAGAAGAAAGAGGAGGUGUUUCUGGUACAGGACACCUCCCCUUUGCCUGCAGCACCGCAGAGGAGCAAAAGCAGAAAACACACUCAGGCACUCAGGAAGUUAAGGGAAGUGAACAAGCGCCUCCAAGAUCUGCGAUCCACCCUGAGUCCCAAGCAGCACCGGGCCCCGGGCCCCCCGAGCCCAGACGAUGAGGUGGUUGUCGUGGAGGGGCCCGUCCUCCCGGACAACCCCCGACUCUUCCCGCUCAAGAUCCGGUGCCGGGCCGAGGUGGUCAGGUUGCCCGUGAGAAUGUCGGAGCCCCUACAGAGCGUGGUGGACCACAUGGCUGCCCAUCUUGGGGUGUCCCCAAGCAGGAUCCUCUUGCUCUUUGGAGAGACGGAGCUGUCCCCUACCGCCACCCCGAGGACCCUGAAGCUUGGCGUGGCUGACAUCAUUGACUGUGUGGUGCUGGCAAGUUCGUCGGAGGCCACGGAGACGUCCCAGCAGCUCCAGCUGAGGGUGCAGGGGAAGGAGAAGCACCAGACGCUGGAGGUCUCGCUGUCCCCAGCCUCUCCCCUCAAGACCCUCAUGUCCCGCUACGAGGAGGCCAUGGGACUCUCGGGACACAAGCUCUCCUUCUUCUUUGAUGGGACAAAGCUUUCAGGCAAGGAGCUGCCCGCCGAUCUGGGCAUGGAGUCUGGGGACCUCAUUGAGGUCUGGGGCUGAAACCGCACUCCCUGUUCGGAGGCCCAGGCAGGACUUGGGGAGAUCGCCUGCCCCCCUCACCCGCCCCCCUUUUGCCCAGUAAGUGCUAGCAGAAGCUGCAGAAUUUAACUUUAAGUGGAAACAAAACCAAGGCGUGACCUUUGACCCCCUCUUCUGUCAACGCUGAUAUUAAGCCGUUAACUAGCUGGUUAGCUGUGGUGCUGGUUGGUGGCCAUGGCCUCUGUAAGGAGGAGGAGUCCGCGCCCUAGCCUUUCCCUUCCACCACCACCCUUUCCUUCCUCCCGGUGUGAAAUGCUGCUCCUAUCUGAAGAGGGAGUCGCAGCAGUGAGGGCUGGGUGUGGGCUGCAGCAGUGACCUUGUUCUCCCGGAGCCGGGCCUGGGGUUUGCUUGAGGCCCACAUACCAGUGUGGUUCCGGGAUGGCCCAGCUCUCACCGCCUUAGCUGAAGCUCAGGCAGACAGCUCUUUGGAAGGGUGAAGCCGUGGGUUCUCGGCUCUGGGCACCUUCUCACCCACGGGGCCCCCGUAGAGCCUCCCUUCCGGCCGCGUGCGGCCUCGUGCGCACGCGGCAGACAGCACUGAGCACACCCAGCUCUUGCGUUUUGCAUCUCGGGGCUGAAGACCCAUGUAAGGAUUCUCUGGUCUCAUGGUGUCUGCAAUUCUUCAUGCCUCUUCCAUAGGCACCCGGUCUUAUGUGUUUAUUACCUGUCUUUAUUUUCUUCUUCCUUUCCCCCCAUUUUUCCAUUAUCCGUGUUUUUUUCCCCAUGUCUUUGAAUGUGAAUGUCUCCUUGUAAAAUGUUUUAUGUGUGCACUGACUUCUACUGUACUUGACACGGAACCGUGCAAUCGCUGUUGUCCUGUCUUCUUCACUCACCGUGUGUGAAGACCUAACCCUGUUGCUUAGUCAAGGUCUGCAUCGCUCACUGGCACUGUGUGUGGCUCCCCACGGUGCCACCUGCCACCCGGGGCCUCCUCGGAGCCUGAAGGCGUGCCCAUCUGGGUGCUUCCAACUCUGUGGCACUUGCAAGGCCAUGAUAAAAACCCCAUUCAUGUGGCCCCGUCCGUGCCUGGCUGAGAACUGUAGCACGCGAACCCAGGACAGGAUUACAGGUCAUACAGGCCAGUUUUUCCAUGGCUUUCUAGAUUUUUCUUUAAGGUGGGAUUUGACCCUCCCACUUGAGGUUUGGCUGUCUCGCCACCUUCACCAGCACUCGAUGUCACCCCACACACCCUGGUGCUGUGUUGAACGUGCGCUGAUCUGAUGGCCACUGGUCACACGUGCCAGCCUCUCUGGUGUUCCUGUCUGUGAAUCGCUCAUUUUCUAACGGGAGCUCCUAAUCUCUUCGUGGUUGGUUCUCAGGAACUGCUUGUCUAUUCCUGGGCCAUUGCAAAGAACUCAGAACCGCUCUAUUAUCUGUUGGUGUUUUAGGGCCGGCCCUCCACAAAUAGGCCUUUAGGCCUUAUCGUUUUAUGGUAGAUGUGGGAACUACUUUGUCGUAAAAGUUUGUUGCCUUUUUUUUUUUUUUUUUUUUUCCUGAUUUCUUAUUUCAAAGGAGUUGAGAUGUUUUACAUUUUCUUCUAUUCGCUCAUUGGUUGGCCCUUCUACACAGAGGCCACUAACCAGGGCCGAAGCCAGCUGGUGCCCCCUGGUGCUUUGCCCGGGCUGACGUCGGUUCUGGUUCCGAUUGGUGGAUGCUAGGCCCUCGUGGUUGCUAAACCCUGAAUGUCCCUUUGUAAACGAUUUGAUUCGCACCUUUGUAUCUGAGACCAAGGUUUAUUUCGCAACCUGGGAUGAGCCAGUUUUCUCAAUACCGUCUACUAAAAGCCAUUCACUGAUAUGUGCUAUGAUUUAGCAAAAGUAUGUCAACCGCUGAAAACGUUUCUUUGUUGAAUAUGGAAUUCCUGUUGAGUUUGAUAACAUUUAGGUGACCCAUGAUAGUGCUGCAGUUUUUUGGACCUUUCAUGUCCAUGAAUAAGCCUGACACAUUAAAAUUAUGUCAUCAAUCCCAGCAAAAUAAA